UAUAUAUAUAUAUAAACAAGUUGGUCUAGACAGGAAAAGACGACUAAAGGCGAAAGGAAACAAAUGGACCCAGAUGAAGAAGCAAAGCGCGAAGAGCGAAGUCACUCCUAGCGCACCAUGAUCACUUAAGGACCGAUGUGUAGGUAACUUUUUCGCCCGGAUUCAGAUGGCUAACCAGUCAGCAAACGAAACAAGUGUUCCGCCCGAUUACACCUACGUCCGCGUCUGUACGUCGGCGGCGACCUUCGUGAUUUUGUUCUUCUUUAAUCUCGUUAUUAACUGGACCAUACUGCGAGAGCAGCGCCUGCGCAGCCAUGCACGCUUCGUGCUCGUCUUCCACCUGCUGCUCUCGGCUACUACCUACUUCGCCGUGAACUUCAUCUUCUACCUGCAAAUAUACUUGAACGCGUUUGUGCUGGCGUCCGCAUGCAAAGCCCUCAUUACUGUGCUGGCAACGUCCGCGUCCAACAUACUUCUCACCAUCACGGUCAUGGCUCUGGACCGCUAUGUGGCCAUCUGUUUCCCGCUCCAGUACAGCAGCAUCCGUUUCAAAUACUGGCCCUGGCUGCUUGGGGUGAUCACAUGGGCCCUUGCGUCCAUCAUCCCUCUUAGCCUUUUUCAUACACUGGAAGGUGAAAUGGAUGGGCGAUGUGGCCGAGAAAAGCUAAGACAAGGAGCAACACAUAAGAUUUUGCUGAUUUCUGUUUGCACCAUACUGAUUCUGUACAGUUACGUGCGGAUUUUGUGCGUGGGGCGCCGCCUGGGUGUGCUGAACAGGAGGAACCGGGCUGGCUGCAGGACCAUCGCCUUUCACGGCGUGCAGCUUGCAGUGUACAUACUGCCAAACUUUAUUAAUUUCAUGCUGCAGGUUCUGAACCGAAAUACGAUGAUUUUGCCAGGCACCAAGGAACAUUUUGCUGUAAUUAUGUUUGUUUUCUUCAGCCUGGCUCAGUGUAUCGCGCCUAUAGUGUACGGACUGCGCAAAGAGGAGCUGCUGGAGCAACUCAAGCUCCGCUUCCCUUAUUUAGCCUGCAGACUGAAGAGCUUGCUGGAGUGGACGGUCGCUGUCACUCACCCUGGACGUCAACCCCGCCAACGGGAAAGGAGAAUGACAUCAGAGACUCUUUUAUCCAGAGAAAUAUCACAGACGACUGUUUGACCAACAGGGACAAGUACGCAGGGAGACCAGGGAUAUGGAUUUUAUAUAGCUACAGACUGGAUUUACACGACAAGCACACAUUUUUAUAUAGGAGCUCAACUGUGAAACGGUCAGGAGACCAAAGAACAGACUUACAACUGAAGUGGCAGCUACAGUAUGUGCAGUAAAAACACUGUUGAAACGAAGCUUUGACGGUGUGGAUACUUUCGGAGUGUUGAAGCUGCAUUCUUUAGAGUUAACAAUUAUAUGUAUAUUACAGGCAAUAAGGCACGAGUGUGUUUUACAGGAUUAUCCAAGUAUUUAGGGUCGAUUUCAUGGAGCACUCAGUCAGUUUAGAAUUCACGUUUUCCCUCUACUUAACCCCUUAAACGACCAGUCAGCUUUUCACUCACAUUCCUCACCCUUGUAGCUAUGUACUCCUUCCACAUAAUAGUUACAUAAUAGUUCCUAAAAAUACCCACAUAAAAUGGAAAUCAAAUACCUAUUUUAAGCAGCAUAUAUACAGCAGUAUACAAGAUCACCAAGACCAAGAAUUACUGCAGGGGGGAAAAAAAGCCAUGACUACUCAUAAGCAAAAUUAAUUUCAUAUAUAAAUAUAUAAAAAUGUAUUUAAAGAAUUUUCUAUUUAAAAAAUAUAGAGAGAGAAUUUUACCAGCCUGCCUAACUUGUCUGUCUCAGACAAUCACAGAUGUAGCUAAAAUUUCAUCAGUGCACUAAGUUCAUUGUAGAGAUUUCAUUUAGGAAAGAUGAGUAGUAGACCACUAAAGAAACUUGACUCGUUUAAAAAUGCUGUCAGGUCAGUAAUCCCAGGUCAGAAAGCUGUGAGAUUUCAAAAGGGGUCAAACCGGCAAUAAACAGACACAGUAUUUUGAUGUUACUCUUUAAUGUUAAUUGAAAUACUGCUCAUUAAUUGCACUGUUCCUUUAUUUUCUUGCUUAUUUAAUGUUUUCAAAUUUAUUUAUUUUUAACCACAGGUCACUUGUACAUAGUUAAAGACAUCCUACUGAGAGCUCUUGACACUUCCUAAGUCAAACAAUGCCUUAAAAUUUACUGCAACUGCACUGUGAACUUCAGUCAAUAAUCUGUUGUAUGCAAGUGUUUAUAAACCUUAUCACAUUAUUUUGUAAUAAAUAUAUUGCUCAAGUUCUGCAAAUUUGUUGUAUAUAGACAACCAGACAGGAUUUACACAACUGAUUUCAUACAUACGCACAUCUGCAAUCAUUGUGUACAAACGGGAACAGCAUGCACAGAAUAGUGGGGCUGAAACACCAAAAUAUUAAAUAAAAUGAUACUAUUACAGUUA